UAUCUUGGGUAUACCCCACGUGAGCCUCUCCCAGUGGGGGUGGGGGUUACAACAUUCCUCCGCCGUGCACCAGGAAAACAAGAGUUCACCAUAUAGUGUGAGUGGUGACUCAAAAAGAUUUUACCCUGUCUGCUCCAACCCCCCCACCACCACUCCCCCCUCCUCCUCCCCCUUUCCCCCACCCCACCCCGCGAAGAAUGGGGCCUGUGCUCCUCAGGCGUGGAGGGUGCCUCCUGCUCUGGAUGGCACUGCUCCUGGGCUGCUGGGCCGAGCUCGGUAGCGGCCUCGAGUUCCCAGGAGCGGAGGGCCAGUGGACUCGCUUCCCGAAGUGGAACGCUUGCUGUGAGAGUGAGAUGAGCUUCAACAUGAAGACCCGCAGCUCCAGCGGCCUGGUCCUUUAUUUCGACGACGAAGGCUUCUGCGACUUCUUGGAGCUAAUCCUGACCCAAGGCGGGCGCCUCCAGCUCAGCUUCUCGAUCUUCUGCGCUGAGCCUGCCACCUUGCUCUCUGACAUGGCUGUCAACGACAACCUGUGGCACACAGUGGUCGUCCGCCGCAAUUUUAAAAACACGACGCUUCUAAUUGACCAGGCUGAGGCUAAGUGGGUGGAAGUGAAGUCCAAGCGGCGGGACAUGACAGUCUUCAGUGGCCUGUUUCUAGGAGGCCUGCCGCCUGAGCUACGCUCGUCUACUCUAAAAGUAACACUCUCUUCCGUGAAGGAUCGGGAGCCCUUCAAAGGAUGGAUAACAGACGUAAGGGUCAACUAUACACAGUCCUCACCUGUGGAGAGUCAAGAAGUGCGGCUGGAUGAUGAACAGAGUCACUUGUGCGCCAGGGAUGACGUCUGUCUCAAUGGCGGCGUCUGUUCUGUGCUCAACGACCAGGCUGUCUGUGACUGCUCUCAAACGGGCUUCCGCGGGAAGGACUGCAGCGAAGAAGACAACUAUGUGGAAGGUCUGGCGCACCUGAUGAUGGGCGACCAAGGCAAAGAAGAAUACAUUGCAACAUUCAAAGGAUCAGAGUAUUUCUGCUAUGACUUGUCCCAGAAUCCUAUCCAGAGCAGCAGUGACGAAAUAACUCUUUCCUUUAAAACUCUUCAGAGGAAUGGACUAAUGCUUCACACUGGAAAGUCAGCUGAUUAUGUCAACCUUGCCCUGAAAAACGGAGCUGUCUCCUUGGUUAUUAAUUUGGGCUCAGGGGCCUUUGAAGCACUGGUGGAACCCGUGAAUGGGAAAUUUAAUGACAAUGCCUGGCAUGAUGUCAAAGUAACCAGGAAUCUGCGUCAGCACUCAGGCAUUGGACACGCUAUGGUAAACAAACUACAUUGUUCGGUGACAAUAUCAGUGGAUGGAAUUCUGACCACGACGGGCUACACACAAGAAGACUACACCAUGUUGGGCUCCGAUGACUUUUUCUAUGUUGGAGGCAGUCCUAGCACAGCAGACUUGCCAGGGUCACCAGUCAGUAACAACUUUAUGGGCUGUCUUAAAGAGGUUGUAUAUAAAAAUAAUGAUGUGAGGCUGGAACUAUCUCGGCUUGCCAAGCAAGGAGAUCCUAAAAUGAAGAUUCAUGGAAUUGUAGCAUUUAAGUGUGAGGAUGUAGCGACCUUGGAUCCAAUCACUUUUGAAACACCGGAGUCUUUUAUCUCUUUGCCAAAGUGGAAUGCCAAGAAAACUGGAUCAAUAUCAUUUGACUUCCGCACUACUGAGCCAAAUGGGUUGAUCCUUUUCAGCCACGGCAAGCCACGACAUCAGAAAGAUGCCAAACAUCCGCAAAUGGUCAAGGUUGACUUCUUUGCUAUUGAGAUGCUUGAUGGCCACCUCUACCUGCUGUUGGACAUGGGAUCUGGUACAAUUAAAAUAAAAGCUUUGCAAAAGAAGGUGAAUGAUGGAGAAUGGUACCAUGUUGACUUUCAAAGGGAUGGACGAUCUGGUACUAUUUCUGUCAAUACAAUGCGUUCUCCGUACACUGCACCUGGAGAGAGUGAGAUCUUGGACCUAGACGAUGACUUAUACCUUGGAGGUUUGCCAGAAAACAAAGCAGGGUUGGUCUUUCCAACAGAGGUCUGGACAGCUCUACUCAAUUAUGGCUACGUGGGCUGCAUUCGGGACCUGUUUAUUGAUGGCCAAAGCAAAGACAUUCGGCAAAUGGCAGAGAUCCAGAGCACCUCUGGGGUGAAGCCUUCGUGUUCGAGAGAAACAGCAAAGCCAUGUUUGAGCAACCCUUGUAAAAAUAAUGGCGUGUGUAGGGAUGGCUGGAACAGAUAUGUCUGUGAUUGUUCUGGUACAGGCUAUCUGGGCAGGUCAUGUGAGCGAGAGGCAACGGUUCUCAGCUAUGAUGGAAGCAUGUUUAUGAAAAUACAACUCCCUGUGGUGAUGCACACUGAAGCAGAAGACGUGUCAUUACGGUUCAGGUCUCAGCGGGCUUAUGGCAUUUUAAUGGCCACAACUUCUAGGGAAUCUGCUGACACGCUGCGUUUAGAGCUGGACGCAGGACGAGUUAAGCUAACAGUCAACCUAGACUGUAUCAGGAUUAACUGUAAUUCCAGCAAAGGUCCAGAAACCCUUUUUGCUGGCUAUAACCUCAAUGACAAUGAGUGGCACACGGUACGUGUGGUUCGGCGAGGAAAAAGCUUAAAGUUAGUGGUGGAUGACCAACAAGCCAUGACAGGUCAAAUGGCUGGGGAUCACACGAGGCUGGAAUUUCAUAACAUAGAGACGGGAAUCAUAACUGAACGCCGUUAUUUGUCCUCAGUCCCUUCCAACUUCAUCGGCCAUCUGCAAAGCCUCACCUUUAACGGCAUGGCAUACAUUGACUUGUGUAAAAACGGGGACAUUGAUUACUGUGAACUAAAUGCCCGGUUUGGCUUCAGGAACAUCAUAGCCGACCCAGUCACCUUCAAGACGAAAGCCAGCUACGUCGCUCUUGCCACAUUGCAAGCCUACACCUCUAUGCACCUGUUUUUCCAGUUCAAAACAACAUCAUUUGAUGGGCUAAUACUCUACAACAGUGGGGAUGGGAAUGACUUUAUCGUGGUUGAGCUAGUGAAAGGGUAUUUACACUAUGUGUUUGAUCUAGGCAAUGGUGCCAAUCUGAUCAAGGGAAGUUCCAAUAAGCCUCUGAAUGACAACCAGUGGCACAAUGUGAUGAUAUCACGGGACACCAAUAACCUCCACACAGUGAAGAUCGACACAAAAAUCACAACACAGAGCACAGCGGGAGCAAGAAACUUAGACCUGAAAAGUGACUUGUACAUUGGAGGAGUAGCAAAAGAAACCUACAAAUCGUUGCCGAAACUGGUCCAUGCAAAAGAGGGGUUUCAGGGCUGCCUUGCCUCGGUGGACCUGAAUGGGCGCCUUCCAGACCUGAUCUCAGAUGCUCUAUUUUGCAACGGGCAGAUUGAACGAGGAUGCGAAGUUGCAUUGAUGAAAGCUGAUUUGCAAGGGCCCAGUACGACAUGCCAGGAGGACUCGUGCGCAAACCAAGGCGUCUGCUUGCAGCAGUGGGAUGGCUUCAGCUGUGACUGUAGUAUGACCUCCUUCAGUGGAACUCUGUGCAAUGACCCGGGAACAACAUACAUAUUUAGCAAAGGUGGCGGACAGAUCACAUAUACGUGGCCUCCCAAUGAUCGGCCCAGCACACGGGCGGAUAGACUGGCAAUAGGGUUUAGCACAGUUCAAAAAGAAGCCAUCUUGGUGCGAGUGGAUAGCUCUGCUGGGCUCGGUGAUUAUUUAGAGCUGCAUAUCCACCAAGGAAAAAUUGGAGUUAAAUUUAAUGUUGGAACAGAUGAUAUCGCAAUUGAAGAGGUCAACGCCAUCAUUAACGAUGGGAAAUACCAUGUAGUACGUUUUACAAGAAGUGGUGGUAAUGCCACAUUACAGGUGGACGGCUGGCCAGUUAUAGAACGCUACCCAGCAGGAAACAAUGAUAACGAGCGCCUGGCGAUUGCUAGACAGCGAAUUCCAUAUCGGCUUGGUCGAGUAGUUGAUGAAUGGCUACUCGACAAAGGACGUCAGCUCACAAUCUUCAAUAGCCAAGCGACGAUAAAAAUUGGAGGCAAGGAACGAGGUCAUCCAUUUCAGGGUCAGCUUUCUGGACUCUACUACAAUGGCUUGAAAGUCCUGAACAUGGCUGCUGAGAAUGAUGCCAACAUAGUGAUAGAAGGGAACGUGAGACUCGUUGGUGAAGUGCCUUCUAUGACGACUGAGUCAACCGCCACUGCAAUGCAGUCUGAGAUGUCCACAUCGGUCAUGGAAACCACCACCACUCUAGCUACAAGUACAGCUAGAAGAGGAAAGCCAACCACAAAAGAACCCAUUGGCCAGACCACGGAUGACAUCCUGGUGGCCUCAGCUGAAUGCCCCAGCGACGAUGAGGACAUUGAUCCCUGUGAGCCAAGCUCAGGUGGGUUAGCAAGUCCCACCAAGGCUGGAGGGAGAGGAUAUCCAAGUUCUGACGAAGUGGUCCGGGAAUCCAGCAGCACGACUGGCAUGGUGGUUGGGAUUGUGGCAGCCGCUGCUCUGUGCAUUCUCAUCCUCCUUUAUGCCAUGUACAAGUACAGAAACCGGGAUGAAGGUUCCUACCACGUUGACGAGAGUCGAAACUACAUCAGUAACUCAGCACAGUCCAACGGGGCUGUGAUUAAGGAAAAGCAACCAAACAGCUCUAAAAGCUCCAGCAAAAAUAAGAAAAACAAGGAUAAGGAAUACUAUGUCUGAUCCCAAGAGCCGAAAGAACAAUUGUAUAGAAAUAGUCUUCAUUUUAUCUGAGACAUAAAAACAAAACUUAUUUACUUUACUUUUUAUGAAGCACAUACAAAGUUUAACAAAAAAAAGGGAAAACAAGAACACAGGGAAUGCAAUCAGAAAGGAAAGACUUUUUUUAAAAAAAUGAAAGAAAAAAAUGAAAUAAGCAUUUCAUGCUCUUGUUUCGCUGAAACAGGAGUCAAUAAUCCCCUGACAUCCACAGUGUUUUCAUUUACUCUGCCGUCUUUAUGUUGCUGGAAUGUUUCUGAAGACGAUGUUGGUAACUGCACAUCCAUAAGGCAAGGAGUAUUACUACAAAAAAACAUCACCCAGCACAACACAAAAUGUAACAAACUGCAACGACAAAAA